UCAUUUUUCUGCCGUCUGACAGGCGACAGUAAGUCAGAGAAGUUCUUUAAAGUGUUUUACGAGCGGAUGAAGCUGGCCCAGCAAGAGAUAAAGGCAACUGUGAUGGUGAACACCAGUGAUCUGGGCAGCAAGCGCAAAGACGAGGAUGCCAACGACAAGGACACCCAAACACGCAAGAAAGUCAAGGAGGUUGCUGUAGUAACCGAGGAAGUGCGAGAGCAACUUAUUGAAGCUUCUACGGCCACUAAGAAGGCCUUCACCACUUACCGAAGGGAGGCAGACGCAGAUGAGCAUCUGAAUGUGGCAGAGGGGCAGAGCAGCACAGGAGAGAAGAACCAGGAUGACAAUGAGAUGAGCGUGAUCAUAACCACCAUGCAGCCAAUCCUGCGCCUUCUGCAGCUCCUUUGUGAGAACCACAACCGUGAACUGCAGAACUUCCUUCGCUGCCAGAACAACAAAAACAACUACAACUUGGUGUGUGAGACACUGCAGUUCCUGGAUUGUAUAUGUGGCAGCACUACAGGAGGUCUGGGGCUGCUGGGGCUUUAUAUUAACGAGAAGAAUGUCGCUCUCAUAAACCAGACUGUGGAGAGCCUGACAGAGUACUGCCAGGGCCCUUGCCAUGAAAACCAGGUGGACCUGACACAUCCACACCCUCUUUCUAUUCCAUACUUUAAAGAAAUAGUUAAUCCAAGAAUGAAAAUUCGGUUGUCAUUUACUCUCACCAUAAAAGCAUCAUAAUAUUAUUUUAUGAAUAAGUGAGCACUGUGUUCAAAGUCUACUUAGCCUCCUGAUGAUUUUGGGAAACGCAGCUCUGAACAGUCUGAUUCGAGAAAUACAGUAAUCAUUUAGACGGGAUCCAUUGAUUCUUUUGUGAAUUAGAUGUCAUUUGUAAAUCUCUUCUUGUAUCAUUAACUCAAAACACCAAGGAGGGUAAAUGAUGCCAGAAUUUUAAUUAUUAAUUGAACUUUCGCUUUAAGAUUUUGCAGCCUUAGACGCACGUACACUAUAUACCCACUAUUGUCUACUCAAGAUGAUGGCAAAAUCUUUCUUUGUGUAUCGGGGCUAGGCAUUAUGCAACUUUUCAUAGGACAUUCAUAAUGGGGCUGAUUAUCGUCAUUGUCCUA